GACAUUCCUGUCCAGGCUGGCUUCAAACCAGGAUCUUCAGAUCUCAACUUCCUAAGUAGCUAGGAUUAUAGACUAAAAACCCUAUACUUCACAAGCAGUAGCAUAAAGUCAUAGGACACAGGAUUUGGAAGUCACAAAGUAGCAUCCAUUUUAUCAAUCUAGCAGCACUGAAACUUAGAACAUAAAGUGGUGUGCCCAGGGUUAUUCUGGUUAUGAGUAGCCCCAAUUCUGGUAAACAAACAAACAAACAAACAAAAAGGGUCUUUUCACUUUGAGACUAAGAAGGCAAAAAAAAAUCUCCCCCAUCAGUAAUGGUGAGCUGUCCCUUUGUGAAAAGGUAUAUUCUCAACUCAGGUAUAUACUUUAAGACACUAAGACAUGAGUUAAUACAUAUUGGUAGUUUUGUUCUAACAUUUUGAGCACAAAGGAGUUAAGUGAAGAAACAUAUGUAUCAUAGAUCUAUGGAAAAGAGUUUCUAACUAUGAAACCCCCAAUUUUAUAUAUACUUUCAAGGAAAUGUUUUCACAGUCCAUGUGGCUGCUUCUCUGUGAAGCUGAACCAUUCCCUUUCUUCUUUAACUGCUUCAGAAGCAGAGAUCUGUUUUCACAAAGCAGAUACCCACUUGUAGAUUUCAACAUAAACCAUGACCAUAGCUCCCUCUCAUGACCAGUGAAUAUGCUACAGGCGUCUUUUUAUUCUCGCUGUUGUAUUGGACUAACAGCUCACUGGUUAAGUUUUAAUUGCUUCCAAUGAGGUCAGCAAAGGUAUUUAUCGAAAAGCCCUGAAUAAAAGGGCUCCACGCGCUCACGCACACACACAUACACACACACACAGAGGCACACACACACACAGGCACACACGCGCUCACACACACAGAGAAAAUCCUCUUGCCUCUUGAUUUAUGGAAACAAUUAUGAUUCUGCUGGAGUAUUUCUCAGCUGAGAAAUAGUUUGUAGCUACAGCAGAGAGGCUCCAGUUGCACAGGGCAGAGAGCAGACAUGGAAUUCUUGAGUAUCCAGCUGUUAUAAACAGAACAAAAGUCAAGUAGCAAUCAGCGUUGCAGCAACUGGCCUUACUCAACCUGUUUUUAUAAGGAUAUAUGAACAGAGUUACGUGAGGAAGAAUCCAGUAUUGUCACCAGAAACUAAAAGGACAAGGGUUAACAGUCUGAAAAGAUCAACCACUCUCUCUUAAAUCAAUCUACAGCUCGCAGAGUGGAAAAGGUCAAUGACCUAGGAAUAAGCAUCAACUCAAGAUUUAAUUUUCAUUAUGUUAUUCAUGAACACCCGGAGCACUACACUAUAAUGCACAAAUGGGUACUGACAUGGAUCCUGCCAACCUUGCUCUACAGAUCAUGCUUUCACAUUAUCUGUCUAGUGGGCACUAUAGCUUUAGCUUGCAAUGACAUGACUCCAGAGCAAAUGGCUACAAGUGUGAACUGUUCCAGCCCCGAGCGACAUACAAGAAGUUAUGAUUACAUGGAAGGAGGGGAUAUAAGAGUGAGAAGACUUUUCUGUCGAACACAGUGGUAUCUGAGGAUUGAUAAACGGGGCAAAGUGAAAGGGACCCAAGAUAUGAGGAACAAUUACAAUAUCAUGGAAAUCAGGACAGUGGCAGUUGGAAUUGUGGCAAUCAAAGGGGUGGAAAGCGAAUACUAUCUUGCAAUGAACAAGGAAGGAAAACUCUAUGCAAAGAAAGACUGCAACGAAGAUUGCAACUUCAAAGAAUUAAUCCUGGAAAACCAUUACAACACAUAUGCAUCUGCUAAAUGGACACACAGUGGAGGAGAAAUGUUCGUUGCCUUAAACCAAAAGGGGGUUCCUGUAAGGGGGAAGAAAACGAAGAAAGAACAAAAAACAGCCCACUUUCUUCCUAUGGCGAUAACCUAGUCAUGUGUGGUGUAUAAGAAACCAGUUUCAGCAGGGAGAUUUCUUUAAGUGGACUGUUUUUUUCUUCUUCUUUUCCUUUCAUUUCUUCCUUUUUUUUUUUUUUAAGUAACCAAGAAAGGCUGGAAAACUACUGAAAAACUGAUCAAGCUGGACUUGCGCAUUUUUGUUUAUUUUAAGAGACUGCAUUAAAGAAAGAUUUGAAAACUAUACACAAAAAUCAGAUUUAGUAACUAAAAGUUGUAAAAAGUUGUAAAACUGGUUGUACAAUCGUGGUGUUAGUAAUAGUAAUGUUUUUUUCUUAAAUUAAUUUACCCUUCAGAGUAUGUUAGAUUUGAUUAUCUGAUGAUUAUUUAAAUAUUCCUAUCUGCUUAUCAAAUGGCUGCUAUAUAUAUAAUAAUAAAUAAUAAUAAUAAUGCAGAUGAUGUUAUAUAAGAUAUGUCAGACCUAAAGGCUGCUGGAAUGAUCUGUCAGAUAAUCAAGCCAAUACUAACUAGGAGAUGAGCAGCAUUUGUGAUACUUUCCAGUGAAAAAUCACAAUCCAAUCCGAAAAUAAGGAAUCUUCUGAAAAAUUCUAUUAUGGAAUUGGAUCAAAUGAGUAGUUGCAGAAAAAUUAUAGGCUUGGAACAUGCAUGUACUUAUUAACAAGGGAAAAAAAUUCCCAAUGCUGCUCAGAUUGAAAAGGUAUUGCAAAGGGAGGUGUUUUUUUUUAAUCUUGUAUAUAAAAUAGCAAUAACAAUGACAAUACUGUACUUCAUCUCACUUGCCAUAAAAUAACAUUUUAUAAUUCCCAAAAGCAAAAUUCAGAAAUCUUUUAAGUUUUUUUUUUCAAGUAACAUAAUCUGUCUUUUGUAUAAUUCAUGUUUGGGACUUGGGCUUUUAAUAAUGUUCUUCCCACAAAUAAUCAUGCUUUUUCCCCCCUCCUGUGUUAUAGCAUUAAACUCUAUUUUAAGUUGUAUUUGAACUUUAUUGUUUUGUUAUUUAAGUUUAUGUUAUUUAUAUAAAAAAACCAACCUUUAUAAGCUGUAUCUGUUUCAUAUGCUUUUAAUUUUAAAGGAAUAACAAAACUGUUUGGCUGAGCUGCAAGUUGCCCUUCCCUCCUAUGACUGACACCAAGUCUGGUACACAGCACUUGGGCCAGCAAAUCCUGGAGAGCAGACAAAAAUGACAGCCUGCAGCAGUGCUUACAAUAGAUGUCUCACAGGGAACAACACAAAUAUGCAAAAAAUGUUUUGCCACAAUUCUCUUGCCAAUUAAAUUGGAUCACAGAAGUAAAAUCAUUCCAGAGAAAAGCUCUUAAAGUAAGAAUAUAUUUGAGCACAUGAAUAGAAAAGUCAUAUUUAAACAUUAAGUAUAGUUAAAGGUAGUAAUUCUGUAAUCUAGAGGAAUACCUUCCAUCCAAAAGGUGGCAGUAUUGAAAGCUAUUUUCCUUUUAAAUGGCAAGAGCACAAUGGCUCAAGUAGAGGAUAUAGUUAGGGACAUGAACCCCUGAAUGCCAUGAAGACCUAGGGCUAUGGACUUAUUAGAGAGAUGAAUAUCUACUUCACAAUUCUUCCGUUGGCAGAUAUUUGUAUGUUCACCAAGGACAGGUCAAAAUUUACCUAAAUUAAAUUGUUGGUCUGGUGAUUAUUGUGAUUUUUUAACUUCAAAAUGUUUGUCAUUAAGGUCUGUUUACAUUACAUAAAAUAUUGCUUGUUAUCAGAAACAACAGAACCCUGCAUUUUCUUGUGGUUCACUUAUAUGACCAGGCCAGGCUGCAUAGAGUUAGGCAGAAGUGGCCUUACUCAAGUAUAUUCUGAGCGAUGCCAUGCAUGAUAUUCUGAACUACUGUCUGACUCAAGGAUAUUGCUAGUCUAGCCAGAUCAAAUGACUGGAGUCUUAUGAGCAUUUAAAGGUUAGAAUAAGAUAAUUUUCAUAUUCGUUUCCUUAGUGGCUUUCAGAGUUUAUCUAUAAUCAGUCUUUUUAUAUGAAUCCAUUCAAUGUCUAAAUAGCAAAAAAAAACGUAGUAAGACUAAUUGUAAGUUUUGAAAGUUGGGGUCAUUCAUGAUUAGGCAGAAAUAGUGUAUAUACAUACAAAGGAAGUUACAGUUGCCAUCAAAUUAGUGUUAGAGAUUGUUUUGAAUUAGGCAAAAACCAGGAUUUAGUAGCAAAACCAAUCCUGGAAGUAAAGGUAAGCUACAAAACCUUUCUAAAAAUAGUUACUUUUAAUUUUUAUUCUUAUCCUACUUUUUUACAUUUAUCAUGCAAAUUUUAGAAAUAAAAAUCUGCUUUAGUUACAUAUACUUUGAAUUCUAGAAUUUAAAAAUUCUAUGAGGUCUUUAUAUCAUGUAUUCAUUCAUAGAUCAGGAAAUUAAGGUUUUUAUAAUCCAAGACCAUGUAGCUGGAUACAAGAGAACUGUUACAAAGAGUCUAGGUCACUUAACAUGUGCUUCUUACACUAGGAUUCUAAUCAUUAUUAGCAAGCAAUCUCAAGUUUUGGUUUGCUUCUAUUGAGAUAUCAUCUUUAUAUUUUCAAAUGAAUGUGAUCUAUUGGCAAUUCACUUUAUACACAAUGAUUAAUCUGUAUCAUAAUCAUGUAACCUAAAAGGAAAAAAGCAAUAAUACAGUUUCCAAUCCUGAUUUCUAUUCCAACUUUUACGGGUACUCCUUUAUUUAUAAAGCAUUAUGCAAAUUAAUUUUAUAGGCAGAAUAACCUUUUCUAAAAUGUUAUUUUGAAAAGAAUGACAUAAAUAUGUUGGUCUCCAACAAUUAGGAAAUUUUUUUGAAAAAAAAAGAAUGUAAACUAUUAACAAAAUAAGUAAUAAAACCAUGCUAUCUCUUAGAAUUUGCUCUGCUGGUUCUUUAGAGUGCCAAAGAAGAUCAAGAUUGACCAUGGAACCUGCAAUAGUAAAAGCAAUUCUAUAAUACUAACACCCUGAAGCUGUGGUCCUUAUAAUUUUUUACUCAGAUAACUACAGUAGUAAAGGUGUAGCAUGAGAUCCUAGGGAAAAGUGUAAAAAUGGCCACCAAAGACAGAAAUGUGUUGGCAAAUCUUUUCUCUUAUAACUCAUGUGGGUUUUUUAAAAAAUGUUUUACUCCAGUAUACAUUUGUGAUUGCUUUACUAUGAAACCAUCACCAGUUAACUCCUGGGAGCAAUAGUCAUGCUUCACAAGGUUUAUCCAAGGUCUCAUUUGUGCUCCGUCUCCGCUGCAUCCAUUGAGCAUGAACACAAUACAAGAGAGCUGCCACCACCCCUUGUCUGACACUACACCUAAGUAACACAUGGCUAAAGAAAAUGAGAACUCAGUCUAAGUUCAAUAUGUACAUCUAAUGGGCAGUACGGGUGGUUUUCCACUAAACAUGCCACUAUUCCAUCAGAAUGGACGCAGGCUACUAACUUUUGAAUACCAGAUGAUUAUCAGCUGUGACCCUGUCUAAGAUGAUCUUAAAUCCAUUGUUGAGAAUGUCUAUUAAUUGUUAUCUCUGGUUUGAGUUCUUAACAUGUAUUUUAAUAUAAAGUAAUUCAUUAAAACUUCUUUUAUAAAUGCUUCAGAAUCAUUGUCAGGCUACUCUUUAUUCUAUUUCUUUUUUUUUU